AUGUUUCUGCCAAGAGAUUCCAAGCAUUGGCAGAGUACUUACAUGAUUUGCUUUACAAUUGGCUCUGAUCCAUUCUGUGUAUGCAGAAUCAUCAUUGCCUACUUCAAGAUUGGGUUUGGGUCUUUCAUCUGCACCCUUCCCCACGCCGUUUUUCACAAUUCCAUCCACACCGCUCUGGCGCCCCACACCCCUACUCCCGUCCCUCUAGUCGUACCAGCCGUCGCUCAGUUCCAUCCCAUUCCCAACCACCCACUCGCAGCCCAUCUCCCACUGCGCGAGACUUGUCAGAAAUGGAACCAGAGCCGACCAUUAGCGCUCUCCUCAAGGCUGUCACAGCCCUCACAGCCACCGUUGGGUCCUUACAGGACCAGAUCCGCUCCCAAGGCCAACAGCUCAGCGAGCUCAAAGCCAUAUGCAAAGAGACCGCGGACCUUCUCGGCGACAAGGACCAAGGGGAACCACCCAAACCCAAGCACAGCCUGGCCCAUUGACUGGGCCUGUCACCCCUCCUUCUCAUACAGGAGACAAGCCGACACUCCAAGAACGGCUAGGCCUGGGUUCAAAGACCCUUUCCGCCCUACCAGAGGCACCACUGGGUACGACUCCAAGGAAGAACAGCCAAGGAGGAUCAAGGAAGAACCUUGCGGAGCGCUUAGGGAUCUGAGGACCCUCACUCCCUUCAGUUUGGGCUCGGACACCAAACGUCCCAAAAUGGAGCUACCAGAUCCAUUUAAGGGGGAGAUCCGAGGGCAAAAGGCGGUUCAAUGGCUGGACCGCAUGCUGUUAUGGGGGGCCCUGCACAGGGACCAAUUUGAGGAAGACGAGCAGUUGAUUGUCUGGAUCCUCUACCACAUGGAGGAUAAAGCCGCUGAUUGGUCACUCCCUCUUAUUGGAAGUAUCCUCAAGGGUGAAACCAAUGCCCCCACGACCAUCCCGGCCAUGACAACCAAGUUCAAGGAAGCCUUUGCGGAUCCCGAUGCCAAAAGGGCGGCUGCCAGGAAGAUUGCCGCGCUGACUCAGACCACAACCACGUCGGACAUUCCCGACGAGUUGGAGGCUAUCUUUGCUGCCUCCAUCAAAAUUGACAACAUUCGUCGGGAGAACGAGGAGAACCGUCCCAAGAAGCUCCCUGCCAAGUCCUUGGCCACCGCGGCCACUACCUCCACCACUACCACACACAACGAGUCCGCCUAUCGGAAGACCCCAACUAUGUCACACCUGAGGAAGGGAUUGCCGCCGCGUGUCUGGCCUUUGUGUCCACCUCACCCCUCGGCCAAUGGCCAUACCCACUCCAUCCCAUUUCUUGUUUGCCCCAUUGGCAACACCCUGGCGAUCCUAGGCAUGACAUGGUUAACAGCAGAAGCUCCUCUUAUCGAUUGGCAACAGGGACUAGUUACAUUCCCUGAACAGGCUCAAAUUGCCUCCGAGGAAGAAGCAGACUCAGACCCCUUAGCAGACCUCCCCCCUCAGUACCAUGAGUUUGCUAAGGUUUUUGGCGAAGAAGAAUUUAAGGUCCUCCCUCCACAUAGGGAGUAUGACAUCUCUAUUGACCUUGUCCCGGAUGCCAAACUGUCUCCUGGCCCCAUAUACGGCAUGACCGACGCAGAAUCAAAGGCGCUAAAACAGCAUAUUGAUGAGGAAUUAGCAACGGGCAAAAUCCGCCCUAGUACCUCCUCAGCAGGCGCCCCGGUCAUGUUUGUGAAGAAGGCUGAUGGGUCCCUCCGACUAGUCGUUGAUUACAGGAAGUUGAAUGACGUCACGCACAAGAACGUAUACCCACUCCCUAGGCAAGACGACUUGAUGGCCAAGCUUAGGCACGCAAAGAUCUUCACGAAAUUGGACUUACGCUGGGGAUAUAAUAACGUCAGGAUCAAGGAAGGAGAUGAAUGGAAGACGGCUUUCAGGACUAAAUAUGGGCUAUUCGAAUAUCUAGUUAUGCCUUUUGGUCUCACUAAUGCCCCGGCCGCCUUCCAACAUUUCAUGAACGACCUAUUCCGGGAUCUUAUUGACGUCACAGUGGUCAUUUACUUGGACGAUAUCCUGAUUUUCUCAGAAAACCCUAAGGAUCACCCUACCCAUGUCAGGGAAGUUCUGUCUCGGUUAAUGAAGAACCAGCUAUUCUGUAAACUGUCCAAGUGCCAUUUCCACGUCACCACGGUCAAUUAUCUUGGUAUUGUUAUAUCCCCAUCAGGCUUCUCCAUGGAUCAGAAGAAGGUAGAGGCAGUUACAUCAUGGCCUCAACCCAGAACGGUCAAACAGCUCAGUAGCACGCCCUCUGCACAACCUCACCAGAAAGGAAACCCCUUGGUCAUGGGGCGACCUAGAGAAGCAGCAUUUCAGGAGUUGAAGGUUCUUGUUACCAAGUCGCCGGUUCUCAUCCAUUCCAACCCAGAACUCCCCUAUUAUCUUGAGACCGACGCCUCAGGGGUAGCCAUGGGAGCCAUUCUUAGGGCAGAAGGAAACUACGACACUCAUGACAAGGAACUCCUAGCCAUCAUCAAAGCCCUGGAGGAAUGGCGUAUUUUCCUGGAAGCUACAGACAAGCCAGUUCAGGUAUUUACAGAUCACCGCAACCUUGAGAAAACAAUCAGGCAAGCCGACGCCUUGUCCAGACGAUCGGACUAUGUGGACACCCCCCAAGAACCAGAAGUCAUGCUACCAUCAGAGGUCUUUGCAAACACAUCAGAGGAAGAGCUGGAAAUUGUUACAGAAGUACGCUCUAAACUGAGGGAAGACCCCUCCCUAGAGCCCAUCAUCCAAUUCCUGACCAAAGAUGCCAAUAACGCUCCACCAUCAAUAAGAAAAGCUUACAGAGACUACAAUUGGGAAGAGGAUCUCCUGUGGUAUCGGGGGAAACUGGUGGUUCCAGACAAUGAACCCCUGAAAGAAAGACUCCUCAGGGAAUUCCAUGACUCCCCCCUAGCAGGACACCCGGGGUUUCCCAAGUCCCAAGGACACGACGCCAUACUGGUGGUAAUAGACUCCUUCUCCAAAUUUGGCCAUUUCAUCCCCACUUCCAAGAAGGUCACAGCAAGGGGUCUGGCGGAUCUAUUCAUUACCCACGUCUGGAAACUCCAUGGACUACCUGUCAAAACAGUCUUGGAUAGAGGAACUACCUUCACAGGGAAAUUCCUAAGGGCACUUUACCAGCGACUUGGAGUAAAACCAGCAUUCUCUUCGGCUUAUCACCCAGAGUCAGAUGGGCAAACGGAAAGAGUCAACCAGUUCAUCGAGUUUUACCUACAAUAUGCGUACAAUAAUGCCAAACACGCAGCAACAGGAAAAACACCCUUUGAACUGGUCUACGGACAAAGCCCAGUGAUGAACCCCUCCAACGUCCCAGCCAACGUUCCAGAGGCAGACGAUGUAGCAGACACACUAGCACGGGAAUGGAAGGAAGCCGAGUCAGCUCUCAGAUUAAGCAAAGAACGGAUGACCAGGAACCAAGGAACAGUACCGGAGUACUCGAUAGGAGAGAAAGUCUGGCUGGAUGGAAAGAACGUAGAACUCAGGACUAAUUCCAACAAAUUGGACCCCAAACGUCUUGGUCCCUUCAAAAUCCUUGAGAAAAUCUCCAGUCACGCCUACCGCCUAGAGCUCCCAGAGACCCUGAAAAUCCAUGACGUCUUUUAUGUUGGCUGCUAUCAAAGAGCCCGAUCACCAAGUCAGCCAUUCCCAGAACGACCCCUCCCCCUGAAACAUAGAAGGGGAGGAAUAGUAGAAGUGGAAAAGAUCAUUGACUCAAAAACGUCAACGAGGAAAGUGUUCUACCUGAUAAAAUGGAAAGGUUACGGUCCAGAAGACAAUUCAUGGGAACCCGAGGAACUCCUGGAGCAUAGUCAAGAGGAGAUCCAACGCUUCAACAAGUUGCGACUGAAAAAGGCUCGUGACUCCGCCAAGAGCCUUUAA